CGGAUCAGCAGCGAUUGAUCUUCGCCGGAAAACAGCUCGAAGAUGGCCGUACUUUGGCUGACUACAACAUCCAGAAAGAAUCAACUCUUCAUCUUGUGUUGAGGCUUAGAGGAGGAAUCAUUGAGCCUUCCUUGAUGGCUUUGGCUCGUAAGUACAACCAAGACAAGAUGAUUUGCCGCAAGUGCUAUGCUCGUCUCCAUCCAAGAGCUGUCAACUGCAGAAAGAAGAAGUGUGGCCAUAGCAACCAGUUGAGGCCUAAGAAGAAGAUCAAGUAGACUCGUUUCAAGAAUUCAUCUUGUUUGUCUUUUUUUUUUUAUUGUCUUCCCCAACGUUGUUUUAUUCAGUGAGUUCUUAUGUUAUGUUCACAGAUUUAUCAGUAAAAGGAUUUGGUUUUCUUAUCAUCAUUUGUUUCCGCUAUUCCUUUAUAUACAUGCUGCUUGUUUCUGAUUGUACCUGCAUCGUAGACGUUGAGAAAAUGUCUAUUAUCAAAAAUAUUGCCGUAAUUUU